GGGAGCUGAAAAGGAAUUUGUAACUCUACCCAAAUGUAGGUGCGUCAGUGACACAGUGAUAGUCAGGAAGAGCUUAUUUAUUAGCAAACUUCCUGAAAUAUAUGCUUUACCAAGUCGAUGGAAGCAGGAGAGGCAGUGCAGCUAGCUUGAAAUAAAUGAAGCAUCUGGGACUGACAACUGUUAAGUUUUGCGGUGAAGCAAGGGCAGGUGCGAAGCUUUUCCUCAAGUGAAUAACAUUCAUCUCAGGACAUAGAAAGAUACACAAUGAGACGCAACCUACCAUGCUAUAAUGACCAACAGUGGCAGUUCUUAGCGGUCAAGCUAGCAUCCAAUGUGCCGUGUGCUUUUACUGUCUUGAUGUGUGCUGUCAGUUUAUUGCUUUACGUACUCCUUGGGACUCAGCAAUGCAAUAUGGAAGAGAAUGUAAAAGGAAAGCAUCCAAAUCUAGAUGCCCCCCAUGUGGCCUACCCUUAUAAAUAUCGCUUCAUAGUGGACCAACCACAAAAGUGCCAACAUAAACCUUUUCUGGUGGUCAUUGUUCCAGUGGCCCCCAACGAAGUGAUGGAACGGGAUUCCAUAAGGAACACAUGGAAUGAGAAGCUCAUUCGAGAACGAUACGCUAUGGUUCUGUUUCUACUGGGCUUACCGAGUGGUAAAAAUGCAGAACUGCAGCAGGCCCGCAUACACCAGGAGAAUGUCCGGCACCAGGAUAUGCUACAGAGCAACUUCAUAGACUCCAGCAAGAAUGCAACAAUUAAAAUGAUGGUGAUGUUGGAAUGGCUGAGAGAUCGCUGUCCCCAGGCGCAUUUUGCUGUGAAAGUCGACAAGGACAUUCUGCUGAACAUUCGACAUCUAAUGAGUAUGCUGUUUAGCCUUGACAUCCCUCAUCGAAACUACUUAACUGGCCAGUUGCAGAACAGCAAUUCCGAAACAAUAACCCUAUACCCUUUGGGAAAGUGCUACAUAAUGUCCAUGGACAUGCCAGCAAAGAUUUUGAUGGCAUCAAAGGAAAUUAAACCAAUUCGAAAAGACGAUGUGUAUAUUGGCAUGUGUCUUGAAUUGCUCAACAUUGCUCCUGUAAACCCCCCAAAACCUGAGCAGUUCGUGUUCAUCCCACCCAAACUGUAUAACCGGUGCAACAUUUCCCAACUUAUUGCAGUGGUUACGUACACUCCCGUUCAGAUGGUCUCUUUUUGGAAUGACGUUCACAAGCCAGGCUCACCCUGUUAAUUGGGGGUUUGAAGAACUUAAUGUUUGAACAGGUCCAACAGGUCAAGUCAAAACAGAUUUGAAACAAAAGAAACAACUCUAGCAAAGCACAGGAGUGUAAUGCCCACAGAUAUCUACUGAAAAUAUGACCUGUUUCAGUUCAGAACCAUGAAGUGGAUUAUUUACAGUGUGAUUAUGUGAACUUUGUUAUCAAUAAGUAAUUAAAUAAAUUACAUUUGUAUCUUUUCCCCCCA